AUGACUGUGGUGAACCAUAUCCCUGAGAAGGAGAAGUUGCAGAGAAAUCAGUACAUUGGACUGUGGAUGCAAGAGGUGCGGAACAGCAGCCGAAUGGCUGGUAUGACGCUGGCGCUCUGCGCGCUGGUGCUGGCGGAGGUUUGCAGCCCGAGGCUCACACUUCCGAGCUCCGCUGGGUCAGCGGCUGAACUGGAGAUUUUUGACACCUUCGAAAUGAUUAAACGUGUCUUCCUAGCGCUGGCCCUGGCGCCGUGCGCCCUUUCCCAGCUGCAGCUGGUGGCCUCCGGCCCUGGGGUGGGCAAAGUCUCCGAGCCCCUCACACUGACCUGCGCUGUCUCCGGGGUCUCCAUCAAUACUCAGUAUUACUACUGGCACUGGAUCCGCCAGCCUCCCGGAGAAGGGCUGGAAUCCGUGGGACGGGUAUAUCUAUACACCGAUAGCACGCGCUACGCCCCGUCUCUCCAAGGCCGAGUCACUAUCUCCGCAGACACCGCCAGGAACCAGUUCUCCCUGCAGCUCCGCUCGCUGACAGCUGCAGACACCGGCACCUAUUACUGCGCCAGGGGAGACACGGUGACACGGAGGCAGGGGGCCUGGGACAAAAAGGGGGUCUCCGAGCCCCUCACACUGACCUGCGCUGUCUCUGGAGUCUCCAUCAUGUCUCAGGAUUACAUCUGGUACUGGGUUCGGCAGUUUCCCGGAGAAGGGCCGGAAUCCAUGGGAGGGAUAUAUCCAUAUACCGGGGACACGAGCUACGCCCCGUCCCUCCAAGGCCGGAUCACCAUCUCCGCAGACACCACCAGCAACCAGUUCUCCCUGCAGCUCCGCUCGCUGACAGCUGCAGACACCGCCGCCUAUUACUGCGCCAGGGGAGACACAGUGACAGGGGGCCUGGGGCAAAAAGGGGGCGAGCCACACGCUUCGCCUCCCGGAGAGAAGGCACCUGACUUCGCCCCUGCGAUCCGCCCCCUCCCGCUGUCACUUGAAGGAGCCGCUUUGUCAGAGGCCACCAGGAAACUGGAGAGAAGGAGAGAAAGAGGAAGCACCUGCGCGUGUGAAUGGGCAGGAGAGAGACUUUGUUACAGGCGUCUGGCAGUAUUGGAAACCACCAAUCCGGACCUGAGAUUGUAA